UGUUCGCAGGUGUAUCACUGAUCCGCCUGUGAGGGACUUGGAGCUUCAUCCUGACCGAGACGCGCUCAGACUUGUGAGUAACAGAGAGAGAGAUAGAAAAAAAUCCUGGAAGAAUGUCGCACCAAGUACAAUGAGCGCAGAUUUGUCGCAGACACCAAAAUCCAUAUAUGCUCCGUCGAAUUCAGUUUUUAGGAGCAAUUCAGAGCCGUCUUUGGAAUUUUAAAAAAGUGGAUCCAACGACUUUACAACCAUGCGAAAUACUUGGCUGUGUCCCCGGAGCGCGAUUUGGGAAUACUGGACCUCGCUGAUUCUAUGUCUCUUUUGGAUUCAGUACUCUUACGGGAUGCCUCAUGUUAUUCGAAUAGGUGGGAUUUUCGAGCAAACUGAUGGACCUGUUUCACUUGUUAGUGCGGAGGAGCUUGCAUUUAAAUUUGCAGUCAAUAACAUCAACAGAAACAGGACUUUGUUGCCAAACACAACAUUAACAUAUGACAUACAGAGGAUUAACAUCUACGACAGCUUUGAGGCAUCGAGGAAAGCUUGCGACCAACUGUCUUUAGGAGUGGUUGCAAUAUUUGGGCCCUCACACAGCUCAUCAUCAAAUGCCGUGCAGUCCAUCUGCAAUGCGUUGGAAGUGCCGCACAUCCAGGUGCGAUGGAAACACCACCCGAUGGACAACAGGGACACCUUCUACGCAAACCUAUACCCGGAUUACUCAUCACUUAGCUAUGCCAUCCUGGACUUAGUGCAGUUUCUCAAAUGGAAAACAGCCACCGUUGUAUAUGAUGACAGCACAGGCCUUAUACGGCUACAGGAGCUGAUAAUGGCCCCGUCCAGGUACAACAUCAGGCUAAAGAUACGUCAGCUUCCUCUUGACUCGCAGGACACGAGACCCCUUCUCAAGGAAAUGAAGAGAAGUCGCGAGUUCCGCAUCAUCUUCGACUGCAGUCACCAAAUGGCUGCACAGAUUCUCAAACAGGCACAGACCAUGGGGAUGAUGACAGAGUAUUACCACUAUAUCUUCACCACUCUGGACCUGAUGGCCAUUGACCUGGAGCCAUAUCGCUUCUGUGGUGUCAACAUGACCGGCUUCCGCAUCCUCAACGUGGAUAAUCCCCAGGUUGCAACCAUUGUGGAUAAAUGGUCGAUGGAGAGGCAGAUACCACCUAAACCUGAUUCGGGCCUGCUGGAGGGCAUCAUGACGACAGAUGCAGCUCUGACCUAUGAUGCGGUCCACAUUGUAUCCGUGUCUUAUCAGCACGCUCCGCAGAUGACAGUAAACUCGCUGCAGUGCCACCGCCACAAACCCUGGAGAUUUGGAGGUCGCUUCAUGAGUUUCAUCAAAGAGUCCCACUGGGAUGGUUUGACAGGGAGACUCUCAUUCAACAAGACAACUGGUCUACGUACAGACUUCGACCUGGACAUCAUCAGUCUAAAGGAGGAUGGACUUGAAAAGGUGGGGAAGUGGAGUGUGUCAGGGGGUCUUAACAUCACAGAAGCGCCAAAGCGAAAGGGGAUGAACAUCACCGAUUCCCUGGCCAACCGCUCCCUCGUCAUCACCACCAUCCUGGAGGAGCCAUAUGUCAUGCUUAAGAAGUCUGACAAGGCGCUGGUUGGGAACGACCGCUUCGAAGGGUUUUGCAUCGACUUGUUAAAAGAGCUCUCCAAUAUCCUGGGCUUCACGUAUGAGAUCCGCCUGGUGCCUGAUGGAAAAUACGGCUCGCAGGACGACAAGGGCCAGUGGAACGGAAUGAUCAGGGAACUUAUCGAACACAGAGCAGACUUGGCAGUGGCUCCUCUCACCAUAACCUACAUGCGUGAAAAGUUUAUUGACUUCUCUAAGCCCUUCAUGAGCAUGGGCAUUAGCAUCCUGUAUCGCAAACCCAAUACCACCAACAACGGCUUCUUCUCCUUCCUGAAUCCCAUGACUCCUGACAUCUGGGUCUACAUCCUGCUCGCCUACCUAGGGGUUAGCUGUGUCCUUUUUGUCAUUGCUAGGUUCAGUCCAUAUGAAUGGUACGAUGCACAUCCGUGUAACCCCGGAUCAGAUGUGGUGGAAAACAACUUCACCCUCUUCAACAGCUUCUGGUUUGGUGUCGGCUCCUUAAUGCAACAAGGCUCAGAACUGAUGCCCAAAGCCCUGUCAACCAGGAUCAUUGGCGGGAUAUGGUGGUUCUUCACAUUGAUCAUCAUAUCAUCUUACACAGCUAAUUUAACAGCUUUUCUCACUGUGGAGAGAAUGGACUCGGCUGUGGACUCAGCUGACGACAUCGCCAAGCAGACAAAGAUUGAGUAUGGAGUCGUCAAAGAUGGUGCAACCAUGUCCUUCUUCAAGAGAAGCAGGAUAAAUACUGAGGAUAAGGGCUUUGCAGAUAGGUCUUUGUGCAGUGCCAUGGUGGACGAGAUCAGACUGUCGUUCACCUGCGAGAGGCGGGUGAAACACAAGCCUCAGCCUCCGGUCAUGGUGAAGACGGAUGCAGUGAUAAACAUGCACGCCUACAACGACCGACGACUCCCAGGAAAGGACAACAUGAGCUGCAGCACUGGGAUGACUCCUGUGUUCCCAUGACAUUGUGUUCCCCCCAGGGCAAGAACCUCAUGAGCAAUGUGUCAGGGGCAGUGCCAGAGACUAGAGACAAUGGCAUAGACGGAAUCACCAGAUACAUCAUCAACCACAGUGACAUGGGGACACUAACAAAACACGGGCAUCUCAAAAUGGCAGCAUCAGCCACACAGGUAUGACAACAUUCACAACG